CCAGAGAUUAAUUUAGUGAUAAUAAUUUAGUUAUCUCGGUUACUUAACUCACGUGUGGUUAUGACUUUUUGAGGGGCAAAUAAAAGUCACUUUUUAAAUAAUCAUUUCUAUUUCGCCCGCAAACUGUAAAAGUUAUAUAAAAUAAAACAUUUUUCCAAAAGUUUGCUAUAAUAUAGUUUGCAAAAAUGUAUUUGUCACUCGCUGUAUUACUUUGCGUAGCAUGCACAAUUUACAUGGUAAAUUGCCAGGCUGCUUCAAACAAGGCAUUUUGCAAGUCCAGUACCAGUGCUGAUACGUGCUUGAUGCAUUUAUUACUGAUUGGUGACCCUAAAUACGUGUUCCCGGAAAAUAUGGACAGUAUGAAUAAACAGUGCAGCGGGGUUAAAUCGUACGAAAAAUGUAUCAAGGACUACGCGAGCAAGUGCCUACCCUCAUUUCCAAAACAAGUGACCAGUGUCAUGGCAUAUGGGGUGGCCAAAACUAACAAGGGCUAUUGCUCUAACAAACGCCGCAAGGAGGCAUUCAUAUCUAUUGGAAAGUGUGGCAAUAAAGUAAAAAGCAAGGUAGAUGUGUGCAUGAGACAGUACAUUGAUAACUUACAAGGUUCCGAAAACCACCCUGAUGUCAAAGAAAGGAUACCACUCGCUUGCUGCAACUACUAUCGUCUCAAAGGCUGCAUAAUGAACCAUGUUGAGACCCAGGGUCAACCACUAUGCUCGGAAAGUGUAUCUACUGAGAUUGAAAACAUAGUGGACGGGUAUGCCAACGACGUACUGAAUCUAUUAUGCGGUGAUUAUACCGAGGAGUCCGACAAAUGCGUCAAAUUAUUGCCUAAAACACCAAAAAAGUUGCCAGCUCAGAAAUCGCCUAAAUCAUUAUUACAUCCACUUAUUAACAUUAUUGCCUCCGUGCCCCAAUAAUGGGCAUGGUUAAUUAUGUUAUUUGUAUACUUUGAUUAUGCAUUAUUUAAUACACAUACCAUUGUAAACUUUUAAUAUCAGGUUCUGGGUAUAUUAAUUAGCAGUUUAUUUGGUUAAACAAAUACCUAAUAACUUGUAAAACUGAAUCAACUAUAUUUAUAUGAAUAUUUAAAGAUCUAAUUAGUAUUGAUCUGGUUCAUAUAAAGUCCACUGUACUUUUAUAAUAAAUAAAAAAUUAUUUUAAUAAAUA